AUGGAGACAUUACAUUCAGCAAUUAAUGCAAUGAGACAUAAUUGUUUCUUUGGUUCAGUUGACUUGUCUGAAGCUUUUUAUUCAAUUCCAAUUCUUAAAUCAGAUAGGAAGUACUUCAGGUUCUAUUUUAAUGGUCAAAAAUAUGAGUUUACUUCUCUUGUAAUGGGAUUAACAACAUCUCCGAGGGUUUUCACUAAACUACUCAAACCAGUUUUUGCUAAGCUACGUGCACAAGGUCAUAUCAGUUCAGCAUUCAUUGAUGAUAGCUGUUUACAAGGUCAAAGUUACAGUAAAUGUUUAGAAAACAUCAAUGAAACAGUAAAACUUAUGGACUCGCUAGGAUUUACUGUGCAUCCAACAAAGUCUGUGUUAAAGCCAACACAAGUUAUAGUAUUUCUUGGUUUUAUCCUUUGUUCUAAAACAAUGACUGUUAGACUAACACAUGACAGAUGUACUGACAUUAUUCAGCUUUGUAAAUCAAUUUUGUCUAUCAAAAGAUGUACAAUCAGGUAUUUUUCUAAACUUAUAGGAAAAUUUGUAGCAGCUGAACCAGGUGUGGAAUAUGCUCCCUUAUAUUACAAACCAUUAGAAAAAAUUAGAGAUACAGAAUUACAAAAACAUUUUGGGAAUUUCGACAGUUUUAUGAACAUCCCAAAAUCAAUUUUACCUACACUUACCUGGUGGAUCAAUUCCUUGGAAUUUUCAUAUAAACGCAUUUCACAUGGACAACCAAAGUUAAUUCUUUAUUCCGAUGCUUCGAAAACAGGUUGGGGGGCCCAUGAUCAAACUAAUGACAUAAAAACAGGGGGACACUGGACGGUUGCAGAACAAACUGCACAUAUCAAUAUCCUAGAAUUAAAAGCCUGUCAAUUAGCAUUGUUAACAUUCUGCAAAAACAUAACAAAUUCACAUAUACGCAUUUUCAUGGACAACACGACAAGUUGUGCCUACAUUAACAAACUUGGUGGUAAGAAAAAAGAGCUUGACAAUUUAGCACGUGACAUUUGGUUUUGGUGUAUUAAAAGGGAUAUACAUUUAAGUGCUGCUCAUGUACCUGGUAUAGAAAAUUUUGAAGCAGACAAGCAAUCUAGGAAGAUAAAUGAUGAUGGAGAAUGGGCUAUUGUUAGCAAUCUGUUUGAUGACAUACUUUGUGUGUACCCAGAUAUGACUAUAGACUUGUUUGCAUCAAGACUUAAUAACAAAUUAAAUACAUACGUAACACGACGACCAGAUCCUGGAGCAUUUGCAAUUGAUGCUUUUUCUCUAACAUGGAACACUGCAAAUUAUUAUAUUUUUCCUCCUUUCAGUCUAAUAGACAGAGUUUUACAGAAAGUGCAGGAGGACAAGACCGAAGCAGUAUUAGUAGCUCCUGUGUGGCCAACACAAAGUUGGUGGCCAAGUCUGCUGCACCUGAUAUGCGGACCCUGCUUCAAGCUCCCAAGAGUUUCAGAAUGCCUACAUCUACCGCACAAACCACAAAUGAAGCAUCCACUAACGCGCAUGAACUUAGGAGUUUUUCGUAUAUCAGGGCAGCACUCAGAAACAAGGGAAUCCCUAAAAGGGCAAGAAAAAUCAUCCUCAAAUCAUGGAGAGAUAGUACCAAAAAACAGUACCAUUGUUACAUUUCCAAAUGGAUUAUUUUCUGUGGGCAAAAAAUUAACCCUUUUCAACCCUCGAUAA